AUGUCAUCAGGUAUAAAACAAGAAGUCCUGUGUUUCAAUGCAUUCCGCGAACUUUUUCGAGGACGUUUCACUGAAAACGAAGCUGGAUAUCUUGUUCAGAAAUUUGAUUUCGAUAUUAGAAAGGCGGCCUCUUAUGUAUUGGAAACAACGUCUGAGGAUUUGAGACGGGAAAUACGAGAAAAGGCCAAAAGCUGGAUCGAGGUUAUUCCUCGGACAAGAGAGGCUAAAGAAGGACGCAUCUCUGUAGAGAUCAGACAAUUCGCGUGCCAAGCCUGUGACCACUCCUGGUGGAGACGAGUCCCUGCAAGAAAACUAGUUUCAAAGUGUUAUCGCUGUAAAGUAAAAUUCGAUGCUUUACCAAGAGAUGAAGAGUGGGGCUAUGCAGAAUUCCUUUGCGAGUGUGGACAUAAUUUUAAAGGCUGGGCCCAGAUGGGCGCUACCUGCCUGUGCUACCGCUGCGGUGCCAUGGUAACGACCACGUGUAUUUUACCCGCCGCUUCGCUACAGCCCCGGCGGAGGACCUGGAAGAGGACGGAGAGGAAGGAAUGGACACAGCUGCUCUUGUUGUAUUAACGGGGGGGAGCAAAACGGUUACAUCCCCGAAGUUGUUCCAACUUCUCUGGAUCCGAAACACACACAAAACCCAAGCGAUUUUCCAACAUAUGGAUAUCAGUAUGGUCGUCCGUGCUGUCACCCUCAGGUCAGACGAAAGUUUGGUAAGCCACGUGUUGUCAACAGCAGUAACGUUCACGAAAGUUCCGGUUCCACCGUGGCCACGUUCUUGCCACAGGACGAUCUGAUGAAUGACGACGAUUUCAUCGCAUACCCACGCCUUUCCACCAUCAACGAGGGAAGUGAUGAAGGAAGUGAUGACGGAAGUGGCGGAGGGAGUGGCGCUCCAUGAUCGCCGCAGAGUCGGUCGCGGCCAUGAUGGAACCCAAGGGGAUGACGGGAAUGGGUGACGUGGAAGCGGCGUGAGGCCGGUGUAACGUGGCAGAGAGUCCUUCAUAGCAGAGAGGAUAAAGCCCGUAUAUGGAGAGUACAGGCAUACCUUUUACGUGUUUGAAGAAGUAGUAAAGUACUUAGUGUUUUAUUGUAAGCCGUCACUCUCAGUUUCUUGUAAUAAUUCGACAGUUAAACUGUUAUUUGGACCAGCAGACUCCGUCGGUGACAUAAUUUUCAAAAUUUUCUUUCGGGCAGGUGUGUAUAAGAAUCAUACAGUUUAUACAUAUAUCGCUCAAAAAUUGUUUUGAUCUCAAU